AUGUCGAAGCGGGUGGCCGACGAAAACGGCAGCGGCCCCCUCAAGGGCGGCCAUCGCCCCGACGCCAUGGACAUUGACGACGACGACAAGGACGUGGGCGAGUUCGAGGACGAGUUCGAGGACGAGUUUGAAAGCGAAGACGAAAUCUUCGAGGCCGGCGUGGACGGAAGGCCCGACGCCGAGCGCGAGGCCGACGAGAAGGCUGCCGCGAUGGAGGUCGACCAGGGGACAUUCAUCGUCGGGCGCAGCAAACUGGAGCCCGGCCAGACGCUGGCGCCGGACCCGACGACGUACGAGAUGCUGCACAACCUGAGCACGCCCUGGCCCUGCCUCUCCUUUGACAUUGUCAGAGACGCGCUGGGCGACGACCGCAAGGCCUACCCGGCCACCAUGUACCUGGUGGCGGGGACGCAGGCCGAGUCGUCCAAGGCGUCGGACAACCAGCUGCUGGUGAGCAAGCUGAGCGGGCUCAGCAGGAUGGCCAGGCGGGGCGACGACGACGACGGGUCGGACGACGACGACGACGACGACGACGGCGACGAUGAUGAUGAAGACGCGGAGCCCAUACUGGAGAGCCGCUCCAUCCCGCUCAACUCGACCACGAACCGCAUCCGCGCGCACCAGGUGCCCAGCAGCAGCAGCGGCAGCGAGCCCGGCCGGCCGCCGACCACGCUGACCGCCACCAUGACCGAGUCGGCCAACGUCUUCAUCCACGACGUGACCCCGCACCUGGCCUCGUUCGACAACCCCGGCAGCGGCGUGACGGCCCAGCACGACCGGCCGGUGUGCACGAUCCGCGCGCACAAGGCCGAGGGCUACGCGGUCGACUGGUCGCCCACCGUGCCCGGCGGCAGGCUGCUCACCGGCGACAACGACGGGCUCGUGUACGCGACGACGCGCGCCGACGGCGGCGGCUGGGCCACCGACGCGCGGCCCUUCCGCGGCCACGCCGGCAGCGUCGAGGACCUGCAGUGGUCGCCGUCCGAGGCGUCCGUGUUCGCGUCGGCCUCGAGCGACGGCACCGUGCGCGUGUGGGACGUGCGCUCCCGGGCGCGCCGGCCCGCCAUCACGGUCCGCGCCUCCGCCCACGACGUCAACGUCAUCUCGUGGUCCCGCCAGACCAGCCACCUGCUCGCGUCGGGCGCCGACGACGGCGCCUGGGCCGUCUGGGACCUGCGCCAGUGGAAGGAGGCGGGCGGCGCCGAGACGCCCCAGCCCCUCGCGAGCUUCGCCUUCCACACGGAGCAGAUCACCAGCCUGGAGUGGCACCCGGCCGACGACUCGGUCGUGGCCGUCGCCGCGGCCGACAGCACCGUCACGCUGUGGGACCUGGCCGUCGAGCUGGACGACGAGGAGAGCAAGGACACGGCCGGCGUCAAGGGCGUGCCGCCGCAGCUGCUGUUUGUGCACUACCUCAAGGACGCCAAGGAGGUGCACUGGCACCCGCAGAUGAUGGGGAGCCUGGUCGCCACGGGCGAGGAGUUUAGCGUCUUUCGAACAAUCAGCGUGUAG